UUUCUGUGUUGUAGAAUUCAUUUCUGGAUGCCUUCCUGCCUCCAGCUUCAAGAAUGAAACUCUCCGAGAUUCUAGGAGGAAUCGUCUUCUUUACUUUCUUGUUUUCCAGCUAUUCUGAGCAAAAACAAGUGAAUGUCCUGUAUUUGACAAAUUGUUUCAUGAUCACCGUUCACCCCUUCCUCCUGAAUGCUGAUAUCUAUGUAUACUUUCAGGAGGUGCACUUGGGCCUGGGUUGUCCUCCCAACCACGUUCACCCACACUUCUACCAGUUCACCUACCGCGUUACCGAAUGUGGCAUCCGCAUCAAGGCUGUCUCUCCAGAUGUCGUCAUCUACAGCUCUGAGAUUCACUAUGCGUCCAAAAGCUCGUCAUCCAGAUACGUGAUCCCUGUGUCGUGUGCUGCUCCUCGACGGUCCCCUUGGAUCACUAAGCCCUACUCCGAGAAAUCAGAUAGUGAGAACAUGGCCAAGACCCAGAAGGAUGCUGGGACCCAGAAGAAUGGGACCAGCUGCCCGAUCUUCAGCUUGCCAGAGCCUAGCCAACAGUCCAACUCCAGCUGCUGUCUUCAAGCAAGAGAGCAUGUAAAGCCCACAUCAUGGGACAGAGUUUUGGAGGCCCAUCUUGUGUAG